AUUGCUGUCUGGUGCAGUGAUGUGACACGCUAUGCUAGCGAACUGACUAGCCAGCAACCUCAGUAGCCCAACCUCGCCAUGGCGGCGCAGCCGCACCCCGGCGACCCCGCCCUCCAUAAGUGUGCCCAACUCGCCGUCGCACCAAUCGGCGAAUCAUCCAUGCCGCCGCCUGCGGCCGAAGUUGACCCCCGCAGCGGCUACUGCGCCGCCACUAAGACCUUCCACAGCCUCCGCGCGCCGCUUCCGCUGCCGCCGGCGGACCUCCCGCUCUCCUUUCCGUCCUUCAUGUUCUCCCUGCUCCCCGCCGCGCUCCCCUCCCGCCCAGCCCUCGUCGACGCCGCAACCGGCGAGGCUGUCCCCUUCCCCGCCUUCCUCUCCGGGGUCCGCGCGCUCGCCACCGCGCUCCGUGCCCGCCUGGGCAUCUCCCGCGGCGACGUCGCCUUUGUCCUUGCGCCGCCCGGCGUCCACGUCCCCGUGCUCUACUACGCGCUCAUGGCCGUCGGCGCCGUCGUGUCCCCAGCCAAUCCGACCCUCACCGCCGGCGAGAUCUCCGGCCUCGUGGCGCUCUCCGGCCCCUCCGUCGCCUUCGCCGUCAAGGCCACCGCAGGCAAGCUCCCUCCCGGCCUCAACACCGUGCUCCUCGACUCCGCAAGAUUUCUUUCCUUCUUCCACGAAGCCCGUGACGAGGAUGGCACGGCCGCUGGGACAGAUGUGGUGACCCACCAAUCGGACCCGGCGGCGAUACUCUACUCCUCCGGCACCACUGGGCGCGCCAAGGCGGUCGUGCUGACGCACCGCAACCUCAUGGCCUCUAAUGCCACGCGGGCGGCGGCGACUGUGGAUGUGCUGAUGCUCGCCGUGCCUCUCUUCCACGUAUACGGUUUCACGUUCUGCCUCAGGGUCGCGCCUUCGGCGAACACGCUAGUGUUGCACACGGCGAAGAGAUUCGACGGUAGGGAGGUGCUGGCUGCAGUAGGGAGAUAUGGGGCAACACGGCUCGCGCUGGCGCCACCGGCGCUACUGGCAAUUGUGCGGGCCGCAGAGGAGGAAGAGACUUUGAUUGCUCGCGUGGCCACGCUGCAGGCGGUGAACUGCGGCGGCGCCCCCCUCGCGACUGAGCUCUUUCGGCGCUUCUUGCACAAAUUCCCUGGCGUGUGCCUUUUGCAGGGGUAUGGUCUUACAGAGACUACAUCUGGUUUUUGCCGUGCUGUCGGAGAGGAAGAAAGUGCACAAAUUGGGUCCGUGGGUCGUCUUUCAUGGGGUGCUCAAGCAAAGGUUGUUCAUCCUGAAACAGGGGUUGCCCUGCCUCCUGGUGUGCCAGGGGAGCUUUGGGUCCGAGGGCCUUUUGUGAUGAAAGGUUAUGCUGGUGAUGAGGAUUCAACAUCUAAGAUCUUGGAUAGUGAAGGUUGGUUGAGAACAGGAGAUCUUUGUUAUAUUGACAAAGAUGGAAUCGUUUUUGUUGUUGAUCAGCUUAAAGAGUUAAUUAAGUACAAAGGCUACCAGGUUCCUCCCGCAGAACUUGAAAGCCUGCUUCAGACACACCCAGAUAUUGAUGAAGCUGCAGUUGUGCCAUACCCAGAUGAUCAGGCUGGGGAGUUGCCGGUAGCAUUCAUCGUUAGCUGCUCAGGAAGCAACUUGCAUGAAGCACAAAUCAAAGAAUUUGUCGCUAAACAGGUUGUGCACUAUAAGCAAAUACACCAUGUCUUCUUUGUGAAUUCAAUACCAAAAAAUGCAGCGGGUAAGAUUUUAAGGAUGGACUUGGCAAAGUUAACAUUGCAGCAUAUUCGGUCUAAGUUAUAGUAGUAUAUGUCUGUUUGUGUAUGACCUAAGUCAUUGGUGUUUGAUAAAUGGAAAGAAAGGACAUAAACAAUUAGUGGGCAAUGGCAUAAUAGAGAUACCAUUGUUUGCAAGCUAUGCGAAAGAUCAAAAGAUCAUCCAGUUAUUUUUUUAUGUUGAUGUAUGCAGUUUGAAAUCCUGAA